AUGGCAACUGCUCCUGCGACAUCCUCCAUGGCUACGAACUCUCCCUGCCUGCGGCUGCCUAGCAUGCCCCUGAGGCGUGGACCUGCUGCCAUCUCCUUCCCUUCUCGUCAAUGGCCAGCCGCACUGACCUCAUGCACUGGAUUGUCGCGGCGCUCUGACGUGGUCGCCGCCGCGGGCCACCAGAAGUUGAUGGGAUCUUUGACCAGCAACGAGGGGCUCAGGUUUGGGGUGGUUGUGGCACGGUUCAACGAGGUCGUGACAAAUUUGUUACUGCAGGGUGCCCUAGAAACUUUCGAGCGAUACUCUGUUAAAGCAGAAAAUAUAACAGUGGUUAGUGUUCCUGGAAGCUUCGAAGUUCCUAUAGCGGCACAAAAGCUUGGGAAAUCUGGAAAAUUUGAUGCAAUUCUGUGCAUUGGAGCUGUGAUUAGAGGUGACACAACCCACUAUGAUGCUGUUGCAAACUCAGCUGCAUCAGGUGUACUCAAUGCUGGAUUAUCUGCUGGUGUUCCUUGUGUAUUUGGUGUUUUAACCUGUGAAGACAUGGACCAGGCGCUAAACCGUGCUGGUGGCAAGGCUGGAAACAAGGGUGCUGAAACUGCUCUUACUGCCAUUGAGAUGGCCUCUCUGUUCCGGCAUCACCUAGGCUGA